AUGGUUCAAUUCAUUACUCUUAUAGCCAUGAUGUCAGCCGUAUGCUUUGCUCAUGAAAGUUAUUCAUUAAUAGUUAAAUACAAUCGAUCAACAGCUUUUGGAAACAAGAAACUUUAUUAUGCAUUGGUCGUAAUCUAUCCUUUUGAUGUGACUAAUCCUGUUUGGGUUAGGAUGUUGGGAUACUCUGGAGGCAAUCUAUUAUUAAGUAUACCUGGAGGGUAUUUUAGUGCCCGUUCGGCAUACGCUUUAUAUGGACAUUUGGAUCAAUUUCGAUCCGAAUUCUCGGUUAGCGACGCUAGUCAAAAUUCAACAUUAUGUACUUCAUCAUGCAAAGAACCGGAAGGUAUCUCACUUGAACCAAUACAAACCCCUAAUUCGACUUUAUCACCAAAAUUCCCCCAAUUCCCACAACGUCCAUCGACGCAACAAAAUCUGAAUCAAAGGAGGUACAAUAUGACCAAAGAUGCGGCAAUUCGUAUGUCAAUCCUCUCGCUUAGCUUUAUGCUCGCGUAUUUUUUGGCAAGCUUUAAUACCAUAAUUGACCUGUUGACCCACAAACCACUUGAAACAAAAAUUAGCAUCAAUGAUUGGGUUGGUUCCGUUACUGGAAUUUAUACCUUUGUUGUUUUAUUAAGUAGGGACGUCAGGAGAGCAUGGAAGAUUUUUAGAUAA